AUGCUUGAAGAGAGUUUAUCAUCGGAUGAUUUAUGGUUAAAAAUAAUAAAUGAAGGUGUUGAAGAUCGUGUCGAAGUCAAUCAACGAAUGUUAAUUGAUAAAAUGUUAGCAAGAUAUUCAUCAGAUUUUGUUGUUUAUCGUGAAUUAAUUCAAAACUCUGAUGAUGCAAAUGCAACUUUAUUUAUUCUUCAAAUAAAAUGUGAUCUUUCAAAUAAUAAUGACGAUCCGGAAGAUUUUCAUAAUUGUUUAAUAAGUGAAAUUCGUGGAAUUAAUAAUGGAAAUAUUUUUAAUGAAGAUGAUUGGAAACGAGUUAUAACAAUAGCUGAAGGAAAUACAAAUAUCGAUGUUGUUGGACAAUUUGGUGUUGGUUUUUUUUCAGUUUUUUCUUAUUCAGAAAAACCAAUGAUUCAAUCAGGUAAACAUUGUUUAGCAUUUGUUUGGCAAAAUGGUAAAUCAUUAACAACAUUUCGAAAAGAAUUAUCUAAAGACGAACAAACUUCAUUAUCAACUUCAGUUAUUCUUCCAAUGAAAACAAAAUAUAUUCUUCAAACAAAAUCAACUAAUGAUAAAAUAAAACCUUCAUUAAAUUUAAUACAAUUAAAAUCUUAUUUAACUAAAGUUCUUUCAUUUACAAAACAUAUUAAUGAAAUUAUUGUUGAAAUUAAUCAUAAAAAUAUUUUUCAAGUAAAUAAAAGAAAAAAAUCUUUCUCAUCAAUGAAAUUAUCAAAUAAAUCACAAGAAUUUUUUCAUUUAAAAUCAUUUACUCAAACUGAACAAAUUUUUAAUAUUAUUAAUGGUUCAUCAAUUACUUUAAAUCAUAUUGAUGUCGAAUCAGAAGUUCAUAUUAAUGAAGAUUUUCAUAAACAAAUUGAAAAUGUUUUAAAAAAACGUUUACCUUCAAUUAUUCAUAUUGAAAUUUUAUUUCCAUCAGAUCAAAUUUUCGAAAAAGAACAAUGGAAUAAUUUAACAAAUGAUGAAAUCUUAAAAGAUUUAAUUCCAUUAAAAUAUUUUCAAGAAAAAUUCUCUCCAUCUGGUCAAAUCUUUAUUGGUUUAGGAACACAUCAAACAACAGGUAUUGGAAUGCAUAUUUAUAGUCAUUUAAUUCCAACAAUUGAACGUGAAAAUCUUGAUUUACAAGAUCCAUAUAUAUCAAUAUGGAAUGAACAACUUCUCAAAUCAAUUGGAAAUAUUAUUCGUUUUAUUUAUGAUCAAACUAUAAUUAAUAUUGUCAAUAAUCAUUCACAAUAUCUUAAUACAAUUCUUUCAUUUUAUUCAUUUCAAACAACAGUACCAAAUAAAGCAAUUGGUGAAUUUCUUCUUGAUGGAUUUUUAUCAUCUGAUAAAGAUAUAUUUGUACCAAUACAACGAUCUUCAUCUGAUAAUCAAUUAUCAUUGAUUCCAUCUCGACAUGCAUAUUUAAGUAAUUCAAAAUAUCUUGAAAAAUUUCUUUCAAUUCCACUUAUUCCAUUUGAUAUUGGACAAAAUGAAUUUAUUCAAAUAUUAAAACAUAAUAAACAAAUUCAAGAAUUAACGAAUGAAAUAAUUCGAGAAAAAAUUCGUGAAUCAAUUUUUCUUUAUGAUGAAUUAGUUAAUUUACUUCAUUGGUUAUGUACAAAUAUAUUUGAAGAUAAAUCCUAUAUAAAAACAAUUCUAUCCGAAAUUUAUUAUCGUGGAACAUGUCAAUCAACAAUAAUUGAAUUAGAAAAUAUUGAAUUUUAUAAUAUAUUAAAUCUUCCAUUAAUUCUUCCUCUUCCAUCGAAUGUUUUACCAUCAAAUAUUGUCAAUAAUAUUUCUCAAGAAGAUUUAGAAAAAAAAUUAUUCUUAACAAAACUUCCAAUAAGAAAUUUAAUUCAAUUUUAUCUUCUUCCUACUCAACAUUAUUUAUUUGAAAAUGAAUUAACAUCAAAUAUUCUUCUUCAUUUAUUUUCACAAUAUUGGAAUCAAUUUAAUACGAAUAAUUUAAAUAAUAUAAAAAUAAUUCUUUCAAAAUUAAAAUGUAUUUCUACAAAUCAAGGAAUGAAAUUACCUCAACAAUCUUAUAUUUCUUCAGCAAAUUUAUCGAAAGAUUUACCUCAGAUUACAUUUGACAUAUCUUCAGAAUAUUCUCUAUCGAUUGAAUUUCUUAAAUCAAUUGGAUGUCGCACAAUUGAUUUUUCAAUAACAACAAUAGCGAAUCAUUUAUAUUCUACUGAUAAUAAUCAAACACUACAAGAUCUUAUUCAAAAUCUAUUAAAACAACGAGAUAAUAUGAGUGAUACUGAUGUAAAUGCUUUAGGAAAUACACCUUGUUUUGCAGGAAUCAAUGGUGAAACUAAACGAAAUUAUAAAGCUAAUGAACUUCAUUUUCCAUCUGUUGCAAAAGAACUUCAAUGGAAAGAUUUAUCAAUUAUUGAUUGGAUUGAUAUUAAUCCAUUUUCACAAGAAUAUAUUUUUCUAAAAGAACUUGGUGUCAAAGAAGCACCCGAUUUACAAGAUUUAUUUUUACAUAUUACACAAGAACAUAAUCAAAGUUCAAAAAUAAAAUCCGAAUAUCAAUUACCACCAUCAUUAAUUUAUUUUACUGAAAAUUUUCGAAAAUAUUAUUUAAAAAUUUGGGAAAAUAAUAAAAUUAUUCAAAUCCCAUUUCUUCCUUCAUCUUCUCCUCCUCAUAUAAAUCAAUCAACAGAAGUUAUCUUAACAAUUCCUCAAUUAGUUUUCAAAGAAACAAGUCCAUUAUUUCCAUCAUUAUUACCUGAUGUUAUUCGAUGUUUUUCACAGUGUUUUGAUAUUAGUUUACUUGGAAUAAAAUCUCGUCCAGAUUUACAAAUCGCCUUUGAUAUUUUAAUAGAUAAACAAUAUGAAAUCUUAACAGUUGAAUCAGCAUCAUUAUAUUUUUCGUAUUUAAAUAAAUUAGAUGGUCUUAAUAAAACAUUUAUUGAAAAUAUUUCAAAAAAAUCAUUUAUUCCUUAUUCCUCUUCUUCUUCUUAUUCAAAACCAUCUCAAAUAUUUAUUCGUUCCGAAACAUUAUCUUCUCCUGAUGACAUCGUAUCAUCUGGUCUUAUUGAUUAUAUCGAUUAUGGUCCUGAAGCAAAUAAAUUCUUAUUUAGUAUUGGAGUUGUUUCUUCUCCAUCUGCAGAAAUUUUAGCUGAAUUACUUAUCGAGCGACAAUCAUCAUAUUUUUCUCAAACAAAAGAAAAUACUGAUGAAAUAAUUAAAGAUAAAUUACGUUUUUACACAAAAUGUUUAAAACAAUUAGCAUCAAUGUCGAAUAUAAGAGAAAAAUUUCAACAUGAACCAUUAAAAAGUGAUUUAAUGAAUAAACCAUGGUGUUUAGCUUAUCGAAUAAUUGAAAAUAAUGAAACUAUUUUUGAAAUAGUAAAACCAACUGAUGUUUAUCUUAAUGAUGAUCAUCAAUCAGUAAUUGAUCUUCAACCAUUAUGUGCACCCGAUGAAUUAGAUAUAAUUAAAUUAUAUGAAAUAUUUGGAGCACAAUGGUUAUCGGAAACUGUAAAAAGAACUUUAAUUCAUACUGGUCAAAUAUUUACGACAGAACGAAGUAAACAACUUUCGGAAUUGAUUGAUUAUCGUUUGGAUAUGUUAUUUGUAAAUAAAAGAGGAGAAUAUUUAGAAAAUAUUGAUGAAAAACGUUUAGAUUUAUUACGAAAAAAUUUAUCUAUUUAUGAAAGUGAAGGAAUUGAAUGUGAAAUAACAUUUCAAGAUCGAACAAUUAAAUUAGAUAAAUCAACAAAUUGUAGUUCAUGUGUUCUUGAAUAUGAUAAAAAUCAAGUGAAUUUAUAUAUUCAUAAAGAUCUUCCAACAUUUGAUUAUAUUGAUAUUGCCAGUGAAUUAACUCGAUUUGUUCAUCGAAAACCACUUGAAACAUUAGUUCAUUCAAUUAGUGAUAAACUUUCAUCACCAUUAGAAACACUUAAACGACGUGGAAUACCUGUUGAUAGAUUAUUAAAGAAUAAACAACCGCUAAAAUUAUUAUUGAGAAAAGAAAAUAUUUUACAAGAUUUUGAUUCUCAUUAUCAACAAUCGAUAGAAAAAGCAUCAGAUGGAUUUCUUCAAAGUUUGAAAGAUUUCUUAACUCCUUCAAUUGAAAAUUAUUCAAGUAAUAUUAAAAGAAAUUGUAUAGAUGAUUUUGGAAAACAUCAAAAUUUAAAUAAAAUUGAUUUGAAUCAAAUAACACAAACAAGUCGUUCAUAUUCACAAAAUGAAUUUCAACAUUCAGAAUAUUCACGACGUGAAAAUAAUAAUUUAUGUGAAUAUAUUCCAUCAUCAAAUAUGAUUCGUUAUCAAACUCUUCUUCAUAAUAUUCCACUUUAUAUUGAUGAAAAUGUUAUUGUAACAGAUCGAAUGAUUGAACAAGGAAAACAAUUAGCUUAUUUAUUAUCUCUUCUUGCAAAAGAAGUAUUUCAUAUGUCACAAUCAGUUGUUCAUCUCUUUCGUGAUAUCAAUAGUGCACGUAUUGCUUUUAAUAAUAAAGGUGCAUUAUUUUUUAAUCUUCGUUAUUUUGAACAAGUUUUUGUUAAUGAUCCAGAAUUUAAUCUUGAAAAUGAUUCAAUUGUUCGUACAUUAAUUAAUUUUUAUUUUCUUAUUUUUUGUCAUGAGUUAAGUCAUAAUAUUCAUUUAAGUCAUGAUAUAGAUUUUAUUCAUUGUUUUGAAAGAGUUAUUGUUAAAUUUAUGAAUGAAAAGGAAUUAUUUGUAUCAAAAUUUUCUUUUACUUCGAAAGUAAACUAA